AUGGCUUCCACUGGAGAAGAGGGCGCUAAGAAGCUUCAAAGUAACUGCGCAUUCUACGAGGAACUAGAUGAUAUCCUAGGGACACGGGAUGCUAUUAACCCUGCUCGCAUGACCAUAAGUUCUUCAAAGGUCAUUCCAAAGAACAAGUCUCCCUCAGCAGGACCAGUCUCGAAAGAGGGAGAAAACUCAUCAUCAUCCGUGAGUUCUGAUUCUCAGCAGCCUAGCACAAGUUCAGCCUCAGACGAAUCACCACCGAAGUCACAGCAACUCCCACCAAAGACAAAAGGGAAAGCCCCCAAGUGUAAGAGAAAGGGGCCAAAUGACCAAGAUGAAGACCCCUAG